AAGUUAAGGUGCCCACAAACUCUCAAUGUGCAAAACAAUAUCCAAAGAAAUCUCUAACCACGGCCUACGAGAUUUACAGCUCAAAUUAUAAUUAUUGGUACGAUAACAAUAAACGCAGUGAUCGCGUUGAUGUAACAUAUUUCAAUUAACAUGGACACAAGUCCAAAGCAACGACGUCAAAUAAACCCUCGAAACAAAGCCAAUCUAUUCUCUAUCCUAACUUUUGGAUGGACGUUAGAAACUUUUAUGCUGGGAUAUAGUCGCGACAUAAAAGAAUCUGAUUUGUACGCCCCUCUGCCUGAACAUAGAUCUGAUGUUUUAGGCGAUACACUACAAAAAGCAUGGGAACAAGAGGUACAUCAAUGUAGAGAAAGGGAAGAUAAUAGAAAACCUAGAUUAAUAAAAGUUUUAAUUAAGGUCUUUGGCGCUGAACUCAUGUUAUAUGGAUUAAUAUUAGCUGCGAUGGAAUUUGUUAUAAGAUUGCAGCAACCAUUGUUUCUGGGCCUAUUGCUGAGAUACUACAGUCCCGCACAAGAUCUUUUUAAUACAACAGCCGACUCAGCGUAUUUGUCACGUCUAUACUCAUAUUAUGAUAUGAGCAGUGGUGUGUCUUGGGGAGAAGCCGUAUUCUUUGCAUUUGGCGUAGUGUUCUGUAGCAUGAUGAACGUGAUGGUGCAGCAUCCCUUUAUGAUGGGAGUUAUGCACUUGGGUAUGAAAAUGCGUGUGGGGAUCUGCAGUCUCAUUUAUAGAAAGGCAUUAAAAGUUAGUCUCCAAGCUAUGUCAGAAACCCGAGGGGGUCUCGUUGUAAACCUUUUGGCUAAUGAUGUCAAUAGAUUCGAUACAGGACCCCUAUUUGUUCACUAUCUAUGGAUUGGACCACUAGAGACUAUUUUUAUGACGAUUUAUCUUUAUCGGGAAAUUGGUAUGUCAGCUGUGUAUGGAGCUAUCGUAGUUUUUGCUGUGGUCCCUUUUCAAAUUUUCCUGGGUACUCGAACUGCAUACUAUAGACGAAGUACUGCCAUUAAAUCCGAUGAGAGAGUAAGGCUUAUGGAGGAAAUAGUAAUCGGUAUGGAAGUGAUAAAAAUGUAUACUUGGGAACAACCUUUUAGAAAAAUCAUAGACGCAGUAAGACGCCGAGAAAUUUACUUUAUUAAAAUGACGUCGUACAUACGUGGUGUAAUCAUGUCUUUCAUCAUGUUCACGGCACGGUUCAGUAUCUUUAUAACCGUCUUGCUCUACGUGACUUACGUUAACAGAAUUACUGUGGAAAAUGUAUUUUUCCUCACAUGCUACUAUAACAUCAUGAAACAAACGAUGACACUCUUCUUCCCGCAAGCUGUUGGGCAUGUUGCCGAAAUGAUAGUUGCUAUACAAAGAAUUAACGAUUAUCUAUUGAGCGAAGAGUGUCGCUUUCCACCAAAAACCCAAACAAUCGAUUCAGCGAGGGCAGAGAGUAAGAAAAAGAACAAAAGACGUGUCACGAUAUCAAUUGAUCCUGUAAAACCUAUAAGAAAACGUCCACAAAAGCCACAAAAAACUGAACCAAGUACAUCAAAGGCAAGAGAUAAACCAAAAGACACAAACAAAGAAGAAAUAGUGAUCAAAUUUGAAGAAGCUUAUAGCCGUUGGAUUAAAUCAUCAGAAAUCGAUGACGUCACAAACAUAAAUUUGAACAUAUAUUCUGGAACAUUAACGAUAAUAAUUGGAUCCGUUGGUGCGGGAAAAUCCACUUUGUUACACAUGAUACUCAGCGAAUUGCCUUGCUCGAGUGGUUUAGUGGAAGUUUCUGGGAGCGUAAGCUACGCAUGUCAGAACCCAUGGCUUUUUGUAGGGUCGGUUCGUCAAAAUAUUUUGUUUGGACAACCAUUUGAAAAAGCUCGUUACAUGGAAGUUUGCAAAGUUUGUGCAUUGGAAAGAGAUAUAUCAUUGUUCCCUCAUGGUGACAAAACUAUCGUCGGUGAAAGGGGAGUCUCAUUAAGCGGUGGACAGAGGGCAAGGAUUAAUCUAGCAAGAGCCAUUUAUAAAGAGGCUGAUAUUUACUUACUAGAUGAUCCGCUAUCUGCCGUGGAUACUCAAGUUGCUAGACACAUUUUUGAAAAUUGUAUAAAAAGAUAUUUGGAAAGGAAAACAGUCGUGUUAGUUACACAUCAAUUGCAAUUCAUAAAACAUGCUGAUCGUAUAGUUAUCAUGGAUAAUGGUGGAGUUCUUGCAGAAGGAGAAUUUAAUGAUCUGAAUGAUCAAGAAUUAGAAAUUAUUCAAAUGAUGCAAGACAAAGUUCGCGAAGUACGAGAAGAUGAAAAUAUGACUUCUUCUGUGCAAAGCACUGCUAGCUUUUUGAGUACUAAGCGUUCUCAUUGGUCUCACUGGUCUUUAAUGUUCGAUUCUGCAGACCAAAAACCUGAAGUGGAAGAGCAGACCAUCGGUCGUGUACAAGGGUCCAUUUAUAGAGAGUACUUCUUAGCGGAUGUCGCGUUCCCAUACUUCCUACUUGUUGCUUUUAUGUUUAUUUUGGCUCAGUUUUUCGCAAGUGCUAGCGAUUAUUGGAUAAGUAAAUGGAGCAAUGCUGAAGAUCACCUAACAGGAGAUGCAACAAUGGACAAUUUAUUAUGGUCGCAAUACGGCCUAAGGCGAAGAGAUUUUGUUACGAUCUUUGGUAUUAUAACCGUAGCAACCGUUAUUGUUGCACUUAUACGAGCGUUUUUGUUCUUUUCCCUCUGCAUGAAAUCUUCAAUUAAGCUACACGACAAAAUGUUCGAAUGUAUUUCACUCUCUCCGAUGAGUUUCUUCCAUUCAAAUCCCUCGGGAAGAAUUUUGAACCGUUUCAGUAAAGACAUGGGUGCAGUAGAUGAGCUAUUGCCUCAAGCUAUGCUUGAUUGUUUUCAAAUAUUAUUAAACCUACUAGGAGUAAUUUUCGUUAUACUGGUAACAGAGAUAACACUCUUAAUACCAAUAGCCACAACGUUAAUAAUAUUUUAUAUCUUUCGCUUGAUAUACGUGCGAACAACUGGCGCAAUUAAAAGGCUGGAAGGAAUAACCCGAAGCCCAGUCUUUAGCCAUGUUAACGCGACAGUUCUUGGUUUACCAACAAUUCGUGCAUUUGGUGCUGAGAUGCUGCUAGCCCAAGAAUUUGAUCGCCAUCAAGACUUGCACAGUUCUGCCUGGUAUCUCUUCAUCACCUGUAGUCGCGCAUUUGGGUACUUUUUGGAUCUGAUUUGCCUGCUUUUCAUUAUCUGCGUCACAUUUAGCUGUUUAAUGAAAACCGAUAUAGAAGGAAGCAUCGUUGGUCUAAUUAUAACUCAGUCGAUAUCACUGACUGGAAUUUUUCAAUGGGGAAUGCGACAGUCUGCGGAGAUGGAAAAUCAGAUGACAAGCGUAGAAAGAGUCGUAGAAUACACUAGAUUACCGAAGGAAUCUACUUUGAUGGGCUCUCCAGAUAAAGUACCACCGGAAGGCUGGCCAACAGAAGGUGCCAUUUACUUCAAUGAUCUUAGUCUGAAAUAUAAUCCCCAGGGAUCACCGGUAUUACAUGGCCUGCAGUUCAAUGUCUUGCCUCGAGAAAAGAUAGGCAUCGUUGGAAGGACUGGGGCAGGCAAAUCCUCGAUAAUCCAAGCAUUGUUUCGAUUAGCCUAUAUUGAAGGCAUUGUAACCAUAGAUGGAAUCGACAUAUCUUCGAUUAAAUUGGAGUCUUUAAGGCAAAAAAUAUCCAUUAUACCACAGGAACCAGUGUUAUUUAGUGGAACUUUACGGAAAAAUCUGGAUCCUUUUAACGAAUAUUCCGACGAGGCGUUACUUAGAGCUCUAAACGAUGUGGAACUCAUAACAGAAGAUGAUGUCGAUGCCCUAUACAAGCAAGUAUCGGACUGUGGAUCGAACUUUAGUGUUGGCGAACGACAGCUAGUAUGCCUAGCUAGAGCUAUAGUGAACAACGAUAAGAUACUGCUACUGGAUGAAGCCACAGCCAACGUGGAUGCACAAACUGAUGCACUCAUACAGACUGCUAUUAGGGAACAUUUCAAACUGUGCACUGUGCUCACUGUAGCACAUCGCCUUAAUACUGUAAUUGAUUCGGAUAAAAUUCUGGUAUUGGACGCUGGUCGUUUGGUAGAAUACGACCAUCCAUAUGUCCUGCUACAGAACAGAAAAGGCUACUUUCGAAAGAUGGUCGCUGAGACUGGACCAGCUAUGUCGCAAGUUUUACAUAAAUUAGCGGCUGAGGUUAUUAAAAUUAAACUUUAUGACAAUAACAAUUAUAUACUUAUGAUAUAAUAUUUUAAGAUAUAAUAAUUCACAAUGUCAUUAACUGAAACGAUACUUGAUAAACAUUAA